GGGCAGGGCUCUCCUCAUAGAGGGCAGGGCCGGCGUGCUGUGAUGGAACUGGGGCUGGGCAGGUUGGGGCUGCCCGCUGCUCCCCACUCCUGACUCUGGGUGGGGACGGUAAGCCGAGGGAGGCUCCUGGCACCUGGAGCGCAGGAAUCUCAGACAUGCAGUCCUUAGCCCGCUUCCAAAACCCAGGCCCUCCUCCCCAGGGCCAAGAGACUGGGAGGGGCCCCAAUCCAGGCUCCAGGAUGGUCUGGCUGGCAUCUGGGGGUACAGUGGCCCCUCUCCCAUGACGCUGGCAGUGGGGCUGGGCGCUGGCCUGUCUCCCACCAGAGCCUCCCAGCUACUCCCUGCUGCGGGCUGGACUGGGAGGAAAGGGGUGGGGUGUGCUUGCAUGUGUAGGUCUUUCCUGCCCCUGGGGCAGCCUGAUUAACCAGCUUCUCAGGGCCAAGGUGUUGGGGGUGGGGUGCAGCCCGAGGCAGCCAGACCAGUCCCUGAGCCUCCUGGGUGCUGGCAGUGUCAUGGGGCUCCCCCAAGGGCACCCUCACCUAGGGCUACAGGUGCUCCUCACGGCGCUCAACUGUCUCCGGCCCAGCCUGAGCCUGGAGCUGGUCCCCUACAUGCCGCAAAUAACAGCCUGGGACCUGGAAGGGAAGGUCACGGCCACCACCUUCUCCCUGGAGCAGCCUCGCUGUGUCUUCGAUGAGCAUGCCAGUACCAGCGACACAGUCUGGCUCGUGGUAGCCUUCAGCAAUGCCUCCAGGGGCUUCCAGAACCCAGAGACACUGGCUAACAUCCCAGCCUUCCCACGGCUGCUGACUGAUGGCCACUACAUGACACUGCCCCUGUCCCUGGACCGGCUGCCCUGUGACGACCUCACAGUGGGCAGUGGAGGCAUCCCCGUGCUGCGGGUGGGCCAUGAUCACAGCUGCCACCAACAACCCUUCUGCAACCCGCCCCUCCCUGGCCCUGGACCCUAUCGGGAAGACCCCCGGUUCCAUCGACACCUGGCCAGGGCGAAGAAGCGGUGGCAUGAUCGUCAUUACCUCCAUCCUCUCUUCUCUGACUGGCCUCCUGCUCUUGGCCUUCUUGGCAGCCUCCACCGCACGCUUCUCCAGUUUGUGGUGGCCACAGGAGGCCCCGGAGCAGCUUCGGAUCGGCUCCUUCAUGGGGAAACGCUACAUGACCCACCACAUCCCGCCCAGCGAGGCUGCCACACUGCCGGUGGGCUGCGAGCCUGGCCUGGACCCCCUCCCCAGCCUCAGCCCCUAGCCUGGCCUCUGUGCGUGGGGCUGGGGGCAGUGGGGCGCAGGGAGCCAGUGCAUGGUGCCCUGUCCCAGCUCCUGCACCCACAGGCUCCCUCAGGCCUCCUUGCCUUCCCGCCACCAGCCGGCAUGCCCCCUACCCUGUCUGGAAUCCCAGUACCAGCCCCCCUGCCUCUGCCUUUCUGGUUUCUCUCCCUCUCCAAGCAUCUGUAAGUUGCACUCAGGAGGGUUUAGGGGAGGGCCAUGGGCAGGCUGGACACCCAGUCCCCAUGUCCCUCCCCACCUCUGUCUCACCUGACCUCCUGCAAGGGAGGCUGGAGGCUGUGUGGACACGCUGCCCUGAUUGCAAGCUUCCAGACCCCAGGAGGAGGCAGAGGGCCUUGCUCUGCCCUGGUGCAGGGAGCUGGGCCCAUUCCAAGGUCUAUGAGGCCUGAGCCACCCUCCAUACCCCGUUCCACCCAUCAGUGGCUGAGCCGAGGUGAGGACUCAGAGGCAUCUCCACAGCCCUGAUCAUGGCACCUUUCUGAGAGUGGGACUCUCCAUAGCCAUCUGACUACCAAUUCCGGCCGCCACCUCCAACCCUCUUACGCAUACAAAUGGCUCUCACCCUUAUCCACCCCAGUAAGCAUUUAUUAAGCACCUGCUGUAUGCCACAUACAGUGCUAGACUUCGGGCAUAGCUGGUCCUGACAUUGGGGGAGCUGCCUUCUCUAGACCUGAGACGACCACGUGUCCAGAUGUGACCUGUUCCGUCGGGGGUCUGUCCCGCCCUUAGACUGUCACCCCAGUGGGCUCUCCGGGACCCAUGAGCGUCCAUCACCUGGAAGGACCAACCCUCUGCAGAUCCCCCAGCGUCCGUCUGUACACACGGCCAAUGGUUCCCAUCGUCGCCACUCGGGGGCGCCAGUGAGCCGCAGUGAGGGCGUCUCAAGGCCAGUGCGCAUGCGCACUCAUAUUCGCUGCCUCUCCCUCCCGACUCCCAAACGACCAGAAGCCAGUAGCAGAUGUCAGGCAGCCGGGUCGGUGGAGGUCAGGACCCCAGGCCUCCUUCCUCCAAGCCAGAGGGAUGAGCAGUCACGCCUGAGAGCCCACUGCGUGCCAUGCAGUCCGCACAGCCGCAGCGAUUUUCUAGAUGGGGAAGCUGAGGCUCAAUCACUUGCCCGUUGCACUCUGUCCAUGGCCUCUGCACAGGCCCGUGUCCCCCUGGGGUGCGCUCCGGGGCCCUCUGGGGGACCACGGUUCCCGGCAUGCAGGCCCCGCCCGCGGAGGGCGCUCGGUGGUGACCCUCGGGCUGCAGCCCUCUUUGGAGGUGAAUAAACGCGGUCU